AUGUCUUUAACAAGCAAGGAACUAAACUACCUAAUAUGGCGGUAUUUCCAGGAAACAGGAUACGAUUUGUCUGCUUACACAUUUGAUCGCCAGUCGCAGUGUCUGAGUUAUGAAAACGACGAUAAUUUCAAAAUCAUUGAGAAGAUACAGCCGGGGUGUCUAGUAGAGCUUGUUCAGAAGGGGAUCUUGUAUACCAUAGCGGAAGCCGAGGCGAAAGAAGACAGCGAUUACACGUUUUUGGGCUCGCUAGUUCAAAAUGAGUUGAAGAGCAUCGAAAACAACAUUGGUGGCCACUCGAGCUCGCAGAUAGUGGAUCAAGCAAGGUUCAAGCUCAAGAAUGAAACCAGCGUCAACGGCCUUGAAAACGAUGUGGAUAUGCACGAUGCCAACGGGAAAGAGCCGAUACAUCGAAGCCAUGCAAACAACGGUGACAAGCAGGACUCUCGCGAUUUCGAAACUCGCCAAAUGUCGCCCCAGAUCAGUUUCCUCCCCAGUGUAAAUGCCUCCUGGAACCCUGACGGUCAGGCGUUUGCGUAUAGUAGAUGUGAUGGCAAGGCCACACUAAGCACAAUACGGCAGGGCGCGGUCGUGGAGUCGAUACAAUUGAGUCACCCCGAUAUUUUGAACGUGAAAAACGAAAUCAACGUGGUAUCAUGGGCGCCUCUGGGCGACCUCAUUGUCACUGCGGGUGCAUUCAGCGAGCUACGGGCCUGGUCGCCACAGGGCCGGCUCAAGAACAUUGCUAAUGCGUUUGUUGAAGACCUACGGCAGGAGGCCAAGAAAACCAUUGUUAUUAAUCUUUAUUGGAGCCCGCUGGGCCGAUUUGUCAUGACUGUGGAUAGCGAAAAUGUGAUGAGCAUAUUUGACGGACUGACAUUAUCGCUUAUCGGCCAGCUCAAGAAUGAAACAGACGCAAACAACUCGCCGCUCCUGGCGGUGGCGUGGCUUACCGACGAUAAAUUUGCAAUCUCGUCGACUAACAACACCAUCAAAAUCAACGACAUUAAACCGCCGCCAUUUGGAGCUGGUUUGUACGAAGUGCACACUCUUGGUACGCUAUUGGGACACGACAAUCCAAUUCUGCUCCUAAGUUUGAACAGCCACAAUGAAGCCAAGCUACUUGCCUCCUGUUCCGAUUUUGAUUACGAAAUCAAAGUGUGGAGCUCAGCAUCGAGUCAAACGAGUUUAAAUCUAAACGUUCGGUUGGAGAAGCAGCCUUUCUGCAAACUACAUAACGCUCCGAUUAUUGAUUUAGAGUGGAUACCAGCUAAGAGCAGGAACAUUUUGCUAUCGGUUUCAAUGGAUGCCGUUUUAAAUAUAUGGGAUGCAGACACCGGUGAUGUCAUCAAGAGUACCGAGCUAUUCAGAAGCAAAAACAACUUCAGCGAGCACGAACGUUCACUUGUAAAUAAAGAUGCGCUAGUUCUCAUCUCGGCACUUGCACCGAGUGGCGAGCUUUUAGCCAUCGGGGAUGAUUUGGGAAAGAUUACGAUAUGGGAUGUCACGCAACAGAAGUCGCCUAGAGAGAAGGCGGAGGAAGAUAAGGAGAAGGAAAGGAAGGGGAGAUAUGAAAAGAAGAAGGAGAAAAACCUUGUCAAAUGUGUUGGCAUUUAUGCACCUCCGAUCCCUGAAAGCACGCAAGAUGACUCAACAAGGGGAUUGUGCGAUCUAAAAUGGGAUACACAGUCUAGAAAAUUGAUUGCCUCAUACGUCGGAUUAGAUAGUGUUUUAAUUGACGCUCUUGCAACCAUUGGGGAAUAG